AUGAAAAAAAAUCCUUCUCAUCAACAAAGUGAACAACAUUCUUCUCCAUCACACAAUUCCAAAACUCAUCUUAUUCCCAGAUUGAGCGAAUUUGAAAUUGCUAAUCUUCCACAAGAUCCUGGGAAAAGGAGAAAGAUGAGUGAUUUUCAUCCUGAUGAUAAAAGCAUAGUAAGAAGAACAUACCUUGAUAGAAAACCUUGCCAACCUAAAAAUUUUGUGUUUCCUCAAACACUUAUCGGGCCGAAAAAUCGUCGAUUUAAUGUGGAUUGGUUUGACACUUGGCCUUGGCUAGAAUAUAGUGUUGAAAAGGAUGCUGCAUUUUGUUUUGCUUGCUAUUUAUUCAAGGAGGACAAUUCGAUUGGAAGAGAUGCUUUUACUACCAAUGGUUUUAAGUAUUGGAAUAGAUUGGAUGUAAUAAAAAAGCAUGUUGGUAGUCAUAAGAGUGUUCAUAGUAAUGCUAUGAUUGCUAUGGAACUUUUCAAGAACCAAAAGAGUAGCAUUAUUACUGGUUUAUCAAAACAAACAAAAGAAACCAUGAGUGCUUAUCGAACGCGAUUAGAAGCUUCUGUUGAAACUAUCAGGUGGCUUUUACUCCAAGGGUUGCCUUUUCGGGGUCAUGAUGAAAAAGAAAGUUCAUUGAGUAGAGGUAAUUUUGUUUCAUUACUUACUCUUCUUUCACAACAUGAUCCUGAGUAUUCCAAAGUUGUUUUCAAAUUGGUACCUGGCAAUUGUCAACUCACUUCUCCUGUUGUCCAAAAAGAUAUCAUUAAUGCUUGUGCAAAAGAGACAACGAAAGCAAUACUUGAAGAUAUGAACGGUGGUUUUUUUGCUAUUCUAGCUGAUGAGUCCGCCGAUGUUUCUGAUAAGGAACAAAUGGCUCUUUGCUUGAGAUAUGUUAAUAAAAAGGGAGAAGUAUGUGAGCAUCUUCUUGGUGUUGUGCAUGUUCCCAAUACCACUUCUUUAACUCUUAAAAGUGGUAUUGAGUCAUUACUCAUGGAGCACUCUUUGACUUUCUCACAAGUUCGAGGGCAAGGUUAUGAUGGGGCAAGCAAUAUGCAAGGUUCAAUCAAUGGACUCAAAGCUUUGAUAUUAGAAGAAUGUCCUCAAGCAUACUUUGUGCAUUGUUUUGCACAUCAACUUCAGUUGACACAAGUUGCACUUGCUAAAAAGAAUUCAGAUUGUGGUUGGCUUUUUGUUGAUGUACUUGCACCUCUCUUGAAUUUUGUGGGUGGUUCACCUAAAAGGAAAGAAUUUCUUCGAGAGAAACAAGCUCAACGAGUUUGGAAGCACUAUUCUCAGUCACUCGAUAAAAUUGGUGAAGUUUCUGAUGCAAUUGAUUCAAAUAAAGCACAAGCUCUUACACACUUGUUGAUGUCAUUUGAUUUUGUGUUUGUGGCACACUUGAUGGUUUCUAUAUUUGGCAUCACAAAUGCAUUGAAUGUGGCUUUGCAAAAACGUGAUCAAGACAUUGUAAAUGCUAUGGCCAUGGUUGAUGUAACCAAGAUCAAUCUACAAAAGAUGAGAGAUGAAGGAUGGGAUUCUCAUAUGGAAAAAGUCACUUCUUUUAUGUCUAAAUAUGACAUCGAGAUUCCAAACAUGGAGGAGAGAUAUCAUGUUCCGGGGAGAAGAAUGUUUAGAGGUAAGAGCCCACAAGUUACAAAUCUUCAUCAUUUUCGAGUUGAAGUUUUCUUAAGUGUCAUUGACCUUCAAUUGCAAGAACUUGAGAAUCGGUUUCCGGAGAUAAGUAAGGAACUACUUGUUUGUAUGUCUUGCUUUAAUCCUACUAACCGAUUUUCUUCUUUUGACAAAACAAAACUGAUUCAACUUGCCAAGUUCUAUCCCAAUGAGUUUUCAAGUACCGAAAUGAUAUUUUUUGAUUGGUCACUUGAAAAUUUUAUUGUUGAUGUUAGAGGAGAUGAGAGAUUUUGGAAUUUAAAGAGUCUUCACGAGCUUUCAAUGAAACUUGUUGAGACGGGAAAGUCUGAAACUCAUGAUCGGGUCUAUUACUUGCUUUUGAAAUUGGUGUUGGUUCUUCCCGUUGCAACUGCAAGUGUAGAAAGAGUAUUUUCUAGUAUGACGCAAGUGAAAGAUAAAUUGCGUAAUAGCAUGGGAGAUCAAAUGUUGAAUGAUUGCUUGAUUACUUAUGUGGAGAAAGAAAUGUUUUUGAAGGUUAGCAAGGAUGAUAUUAUAAAUCGAUAUCAAAAUAUGAAAACUCGUCAAGAACAAUUGUAA